AAACGAUAAUAACGGUAAUCAUUCGAAUAAAAUUUUACACGGUGCAGUGAUCGUAAAUUGGUGCUAGCUCACGCACAUUUAAGUAAAUUGUCAUGAGCCAAAUGCCAGGAAAGAUUCAUAAGCUCUCCGCGCGGAGCGCCGGUGUGUAAACGGCCUGUCGGAAGGCUAAAUGUCGUAUUUACCUAUUUUACCGAAGGGAUUUUCAUAUGUUUCGUCACUAUCUUCAAUUUACUGUAUUCUCGAACCGGUGUGAAAUAACAGGAGCAGUUUGAACCUUGGAAGACUUAACCGACAAUUGAAAGAAACUACUUAAAGGCGGUGCAUUGCGUACUGGAAGGGCGAUGUUCGCCAAAAAGAAGAAGAAACCACAGAUAUCAACUCCUACAAAUUUUGAGCAUCGUGUGCAUACCGGAUUUGAUAAGCGUGAAGGGAAAUUCAUUGGACUUCCAUUGCAAUGGGCCUCUAUAGUUGGAAACAAUCAAAUCUUGAAAUCUACAAACAGGCCAUUACCUUUGGUGGAUCCCAGCGAAAUAACACCGACAGAAAUUCUUGAUUUGAAAACUAUAGUACGAGGUCAUAAUGAUUUGAAAACAAGAAUAUCAUUCACUGAUAAAACUACAGAAAAUGGACUACCGAAGACUAGUACAGUUGCCAGAUCGAAUUCUCUUCGUUCUUCUAGCCCACCAAGGCUCAGAAGGGAUUAUAGGCAUAAUAGUAAUCUGCCACCUUCUGUACCAGAAGGUCAAGAAGUACCAUCUAACGCGAAUCAAAUACAAGGAUACACGAAUUUUGGAAAACAACAUAAUUAUGUUGAUAAGUUACGUCAAAAUUCUCCUAAUAUCACACCUGGAUUAAACCCUAAUGUACAAAAUAUGAUUCCGAAUCUCCAGAAUCUCAAUCCAAAUAUGCAAUCAUCUCCGAAUUUAACUCAAACUGGAUUAAAUGCCCCAAAUCUAUCUUUAAAUUUUCAGAAUUUAAGUCCUAUCAUGAAUCCACAAAGUCCUGUAUCAAAUCCAAGUACCCCUCAACUUGCAGAAUCUGAUUUUCAUAGAUUGAACUCCCAAAUGACGAUUGUAUCUGGUCAAUACAAUGGAAACAUUCCGGUUUCAACUACGGACACAUCUGCCAGAGAUCAACAAGCACCUCAAAAUGUUAUACUACAUAAGAUACAGCCUAAAAUUUCUCCAGUAGGAUCUAUAGCUUCUCAGCGGCCGUUAAGUCAAUUGAGUUCGCAUAAUAUUAAUAAAUACUCUCAAGCGUAUGGUAUACAAGAGAAUCCAUCAAUUCUGCAAUCUCAAAUGAAGAAGCCCAUCGAGAUAUCUCAGUCGAUGCAUAACUUAUCCAAGUCAAAUGUACCAUCUUCUGGAAGCAGUUCUACACCGGAUCAAAAUCAAAAUAUGAAAAGUGCCUUAUCUUCGGGCAAUCUGGCAGUCGGUUCCAGUUCAAGUGCUUCUACUAAACAAACAGCUGCGGAACAGAGGCUUACACACGAACAGUUUCGGGCAGCUUUACAGAUGGUGGUAAGUCGAGGCGAUCCAAGAGAGAAUUUAGAGAAUUUCCUUAAGAUUGGCGAAGGUAGUACCGGAACGGUGUGUAUAGCAACUGAAAAGAAUACAAAUCGGCAAGUCGCAGUAAAGAAGAUGGAUCUGCGGAAACAACAGAGGCGAGAGUUACUCUUCAACGAAGUAGUUAUCAUGAGAGAUUAUCAUCAUCCGAACAUUGUCGAGAUGUAUGAUAGUUUCCUAGUAGACGACGAAUUGUGGGUUGUAAUGGAAUAUCUCGAGGGAGGAGCGCUCACAGAUAUUGUUACGCAUUCGCGUAUGGAUGAAAGCCAGAUAGCUACUGUCUGCUCUCAAUGCUUGAAACCACUCGCAUAUUUACACUCUCAAGGUGUCAUUCAUAGGGAUAUCAAAUCGGACUCUAUAUUGCUCACGGCUGACGGUAGAGUGAAGUUAUCCGAUUUUGGAUUUUGCGCUCAAGUUUCUCAAGAACUGCCUAGGCGAAAGUCUCUCGUAGGAACACCGUAUUGGAUGAGUCCUGAAGUUAUCUCUAGGUUACCAUACGGACCCGAGGUAGACAUUUGGUCAUUAGGUAUAAUGAUUAUCGAGAUGGUCGACGGAGAACCACCGUUUUUUAACGAACCCCCUUUACAAGCCAUGAGACGUAUCAGAGAUAUGCCUCCACCAAAAUUAAAAAAUUCUCAUAAAGUCAGCCCACGACUUCAAGGCUUUCUUGAAAGAAUGCUUGUCCGUGAUCCGGCGCAAAGAGCUACGGCAACCGAAUUAUUGCAACAUCCGUUUCUUAGGCAAGCUCAAAGUCCGAGUAUUUUGAUCCCAUUGAUGAGGGGCUCCAGGCAUACAAACUGUUGACGAGUCGAUGGAAAGAAGCAAGAUUGUGUGUAGAAUAACGCUCUCCAAGGUGUACUCGCUAGUUUGUCGAGCUCCCCUGAGAUUGUCCUGUUUGCGAAAGAAUCUGAGAUACCGGGACAUGACGAAAUCUUCAUCGAAAGCGAAAAUCUUUGAGAUGUCUGCCUUUUACUGUCGCCGUUUGCUGUUAGGAACGACACAAGAAAACCGAGGUGUAUUUCUUGUGAACAGCCUCUGCUGUACAAAACACAAGUGUCCGAGAACAUUCAAGUGGCCUUUGUUAGAUGAUCUUACAUUCCAGUGUGGCCUUACCUUAAAAGUGUUAUAUUAUUAAUUUACGAAUGUCUGUGUUGCCUGUGAUGGGCAUUGCUGUCGUAAAAAGUAUUUUUUAUGUCGAGUUAUUUAAAAAUUAAUACAAUAAGACAUUGUACCACUAAGUGCCUUCGUAAUGAGCACCGUUUCAUUUUUUAUUAAGCAUUGUUACUUAACUUGAUAGCAGUUUCACUGUUCCUCGUCUACCAGUCAGCUUAGCUGUGGAUUCAUUUGAAAGAGAGAAAAAAACAUCGGUUAUCGUUAGCUCUACAGUAAUAUUUUCAUAAACGCUGCUAUUACGCUUGUACUUAAGGUAACAAUCGGAUAGUCAUAUUUAAUUCGAAAGCGUAUAACGCAAAUUUUACCACCAAAACAUAGAUAAAAGAAGGCAGUAAUGUUUUGUCAAUGAUGCACCUUUUUAUUUCAAAUUAGAGCUUACGUUUAAUUUAUUUGAUUCUACAAACAAAAAAUUGCUGCAAGCAUGCAAGAACUCGUAUGACUUUUGGAGACUGAUGCAUUUGCGGUAAUUAAGUAUUGCGAUAAAGUGAUUGAUAUUAACUAAAAGUAUUUUACAUUUAACAAUUUUUAAAUAAUUCAGUAUCUCGAGUAUUAUUGCUGAACGAAAGAGGAUAAAUAAGUUUGAUAGUAUUCUAGGCGUAGAGUGGAAAAGUACUUCUGAACGGAAGUCAUGAAUCUGAUUGUUGAUCUGUAUUCGAAUAUAAGCACCCGUAGUACGUUAAUCUAGCGAAAACCUUCAAGCGAUAAAUCAUUCUCUAUAGGAAUGUGUUAGAUCGAAUCUUAAUCAUUUAAAAUGCCAUUUAUUUAAAUCAGGUAAGACAUAAAAAAUAAGACGGAUGAAGAAAGCCAUCGAUCAAAUAAACAAUUAUGGUUAUGUAAGGUAUACCUAGCAAUAGAAUAUUUACAAAGUGUAGAUAUUAUUAAAUGUUGUCUCGAAGAUAUGGAAAUGUUAUGCAGAUAGGAAGAACUGAUUACAUCAUUAAUUUGUAACAGAUAUACCUUUUAAGAACAUUCGUCAGUUGUAUGAAAGAAGUAACGUACAAAGAAAUCGUAUUUUUGUUUACAUACGAAGCAAUUCGAUAUGCUUUACUACACGAGUAAAUAAAAGAAUACAGUAGAAUAUCAAGCUGAAAGGUAAAACGGAAACUUAUAUAUAUAUAUAUUUAUAUAAGUGUUUAUUAUGAAAAUCUUUUGUUUCUUAUGUAAAUACAGUAUUCCGUCGAAAAUUUGUAAAAGGUGCCGUCCGGAUGUAUGGAAAAUUUCGAGAACUAGUACCAUUUCUGACCAGAUAUUUUUAAUAUGCUGUUUUCUUAAAAAGAAAAUAUCAAGAAAAAUAAAAAGACACAGAAUCGCCUUGAAAUUUCGACUGUUGGAAAUAGUUGUUUGAUGUAUUGCCGUUCAAGAAAUCUCUAGAACUGGUAAAGAUUGAAGGCUAGAGAUUUUCGAGAACUUGCUGUAACUUGUUUGUUAAAAUAUACAUUGAAUACAUAUUA